UUUAAAAGGAGUCCUGUUGUGAAUUCAGCAACUUGACUGAUCUCUUCUCUGAUUGGACGAUCAUGCUUACGCUCACUCGGGCCAAUCACAAAGCAGCUACGUAGAUAUAAGGCCGGUUUAGGCAACGGCGUUGUACUUUGUCUCGUAUUCGAAGAUACAAGAAACACGAAAAAUGUCUGGAAGGGGAAAAACCGGAGGAAAAGCCAGAGCGAAGGCAAAGACCCGCUCUUCUCGUGCCGGGCUCCAGUUCCCAGUCGGCCGUGUUCACAGGCUGCUCCGCAAAGGAAACUACGCUCAGCGUGUGGGAGCCGGCGCCCCCGUCUAUCUGGCGGCUGUGCUGGAGUACCUGACCGCUGAGAUCCUGGAGCUGGCUGGAAACGCUGCCCGCGACAACAAGAAGACCCGUAUCAUCCCCCGUCACCUGCAGCUGGCUGUUCGCAACGACGAGGAGCUCAACAAGCUGCUGGGUGGAGUGACCAUCGCUCAGGGUGGAGUGCUGCCCAACAUCCAGGCCGUCCUGCUGCCCAAGAAGACCGAGAAGCCCGCCAAGAAGUAAAUACCCGGAACUGGCUUCAACUACACCAACAACGGCUCUUUUAAGAGCCACAAACAUCCAACUAAAGACCAGUCUUUUUAGGCCUGCUAUCAUGAAUGUAAUUCGCGCCCAUUUAACAUUCCGUAUAUUAUUGUGGAUUACUUUAAAUACAAUGAUUAACUACAGAUCUACAAAAUUGUUUUUAUUAAUCCAUUUGUACGCAUAGCACAUUUUUGCAACAUUUAAGCGGUUAACGGUAAUGCAU